UCAUCCUGCUCUUCAGGUGUGAUGAUACGCUCGCUCGCUUGUUUGAAAACCGCAGGGUUGACAUUCUCUAGUUGCGAARCGGCCGCCAUGUUGGAUGAUAGCUCCCAGAGGAGUAUGGGAUACCUCAAGAACACAGGAAGCCCAURAAAUCUUACAGUCCGCGCAGCACUAUGUCAGCACUGCACGAAGAAGACCGUUUCGGGAACAUUUUACCAGUCGGGCUGCUCUCUCGUGUGACUUAUAGUUGGAUAAACAAAACUCUAAAACAUGGCAACCGAUCUCAGCUUCAAGAAAAAGAUCUCCUUAAACUUCGUAAGAAGGAAUCUUCUGAAUCUCUUACUGAACUUCUCGAAAUGUCAUGGAAAGAAGAGGAGCACUUGGGAGGAACGGAUCCCGACCGAAAGUUUCUUCUUCUACGAGCCCUUUUUAAGUCAUUUAGUUUYCAUCUCUGCAUCCUGCUCUUGCUAAUGCUGUUUGACUUACUGAUGCGAGUUCUGAUGGCUGUCUUCGUCGGCUCUUUCAUCGGACACUUAUCGGAAAGUGAUCGGCAAGCGUUCGUCUAUGCWGGACUACUUGGUGUCGUUACUUUACUUUAUGGAACUUUAAGAAACUUCUUCAUGUACAGAUUACAGACCUUAGGGAUUCAACUGAGAACUGCCUUGACUGGUCUUAUUUUUAAAAAGGUAUUAAAGCUAAACCAAAAAUCUCUUCAUGACGUCACUUCCGUCCACAUGACCCRGCUUGUUUCUUUCGAUUGCGAAAGUCUUCAAACUGGCAGCUUUUUCGURCCAUAUCUCUCCAUAUUCCCCUUAGAAGUUAUAAUUUUUACCGCGUUGUCRUGGCAGCAGAUAAGCUGGUUAAGUCUGUUURCUACUGGUUUCGUUGUUGGCCUGGUCCCCAUUCAGACGGUGUUAAGACGGCUAUGUACCAAGAUGCAAUGCGAAGCAAGACGACUGUCGUCACAACGGACUGGGUUGAUGACACAAAUUAUUACAGGGAUAARAGCUGUUAAAAUGAACGUUUGGGAGACUCUUUUAAAGCGAUCGRUUAAUGACAUUAGAAGGAACGAGUUCAAGUGGCUCAAAAAGAUAAUGAUCUUUUUUUCCCUACAACAAACGCUACAACUGUCAUGUCUGACGUUCAUAUCGAUCAUUGUGUUCCCGUCAAUGGUUUUCCUCGGCGAACAACUGACCGCCGUCAAAGUCUUCUCGACGCUCGCUCUUUAUACCUGCCUGGCCCAAUCAGCUCUCGAGUACGUGUCACGUGGGACCGAGAGCAUUCCAAAGGCCAUUGCGGCUGCGCAGAGYAUAGAAUGCUUUCUAAAUAUGGAGGACUUGUAUUCUAAAGAAGACGAAGUCUUGUGUCGCGUUGUUGGUAAUUCAAGGUUCUUUGUCAAUGAUGGUUUUGAACGACUUGAAAACAAAGCCUCKUAUCCAACUAAUGUUUUAAGCUUCGGUAAACUAGCCAAUCAGGAUGAAUCUGAAAACCCCGAUGAUUGCAAACAGUCUUCAAGAGUUUGCUUUCAAGACGCUUCGUUUAGUUGGAGUAUUAAAAGACAAAUUCCUGCGCUGUCUGGCAUUUCACUAGAGCUAGAUGACAAUGUUUUACUCGGCGUUACAGGCUCAUCGGGCAGCGGCAAGACGGCGUUGCUAUUAGCAACACUACAAGAACUACCACAAUUCCAUGGGCAACUUUUAAGAUCAGGACGCGUAGUGUUUGUCCCGCAAGUCCCGUGGGUUUGCACGGGAUCAUUACGGGACAAUAUUUUAUGUGACUCUCCGUUUGCGGAAGAUCGGUACUGGAAGGUCAUAUACGCGUGCGCAUUAGACAAAGAUAUUUUGGAGUUUCCAAAUGGUGAUUUGACAACGAUAGGAGAAGGYGGAGUUUCGCUAACAGUUGACCAGCGGACUCGCGUCAGUCUGGCACGCGCAGCGUACUGUGAAGCGGAUAUYUACUUGUUUGAUGAUUGCUUUUUMUWCCUUGCGAACAGCAGGAAAUUGGUUAAGAAGCUUAUUGUGAAAAGCCUUUCUCAAACUUGUCGCAUUAUUGUAUCMAGUAACGAUGCCAUUCUCGAGCAAUGCGACCAAGUGCUUGURAUGAAGGGAGGACGAAUCAAACAUCAAGGCUCCUUCUCACAAAUAAAAGAACACAUUAACAAUACACGGAACGCAGAGACUGGGAACAAUUCACUAUCACGUGACUUAAACAUGGAGUCACAUGACAUGGAAAUUAGCAAACCAGGAGCAGCUAUCUCAAGUCARCCAAUCGUGACYGGAGAYUUGAAUAUUGUUGUKGAUGACGUAUUUCCKGUCGGGGCGUCAAAGUGGUCGGUUUAUUGKAAGUAYUUCAGGACAAGUCGAAGUUUAUUUGUACUUGUGUUGUUGAUGUUACUAGUGGUMACGGGGCAAGGGAUUAUGGUUGUUGCUGAUUGGUGGUUAGCGAGGUGGAGCAACAUGAAACAGGAUAAACAGGUUUAUAAACAAGUUGGUCGUGUUUUCUAUGGUGUGACCAUGUUAUCCAUACURUUUGCCUUACUGCGUUCUCUUGGUGUAUUCUUGGCUUUGSUCAAGACCUCGGAGCGUCUCCAUAUUCGAAUGCUGAAAGCGGUCUUAAAGGCUCAUGUUUCAUUCUUUGAUUCAAACUCACCUGCAAAAGUGGUUCACCGGUUUUCUAAAGACAUGCAAGACCUGGACAUCUCUCUUCCCUACGCAACAAAUGAAUGUGUCAAAUCUGUUCUCCUCGUACUGUCUGUAACCAUUGUUUCUAUWGCUUCAAAUUACUGGCUAUCUCUAGCUUGYGUACCKCUUCUGUUACUCUGUGUUCUACUAAGACGUUACGCCCUUCGUUCGACCAACGAUCUGAGUAAACUUAAACGAAAAUUUCGAGGAGAUAUUGGAGCUCAUUUUAAAACGACAUUAGAUGGUAUGACAUGCAUAAGAGCGUUUAACACACAGGAAGGGUUCYUGGUCGAUGUUUAUAGACUGUUAAAUAACUCCAUAAGUGCAAACAUGAUGCAGAAUGCUGGGAUGAGAUGGAUGUCCUUGCGAAUUGAGGCCGUGUGUUCGGUGUUUAUCCUCGUAUUGUGCAUCGCUGCAAUCUUGGCAGAAACCACUCCAAGUUACGCMGGCAUGUCACUUUUGUACGCCAUUCACCUUUUCUUGUACAUUCAGUGGAUUGUCAUGGCAACAGCAGAGAUGGAAUCUCUAAUGUCAUCGUUUGCACGGGUUUCAAGUUAUACCACUGUAGAACCUGAGCCAGGAUAUGSCUAYCAACACUACCCCMCUAAGGAUUGGCCCAAGGAGGGUGGUAUUAAAUGUGAGGAUUUAUCGUACGAGAAUGAGUCUCAGGAAACACUCAAUUCAACUUAUUUUGACAUUCUUCCAUCGCAAAAAGUCGCCAUCAUUGGGCAAAAAGACUCCAAAACAAUGUCGUUAGUUAGUGCUUUAUUUAGAAUGCCCGAGCCGAAAGGACGAAUGAUUAUCGAUCAAGUCGACAUCACCGAGAUGUCGUUGAAACACUCUCGAAGAAUCAUUGGCAUCGUUCCUCGGCAUCCRAAACUUUUCAGCACAAACCUGAGGUCUAAYYUAGAYCCRUAUGUAAAAUAUGAAAAUGAUACUUUAUUGGACGUUCUAGAAAUGGUUCAGUUCGAAUCKAAAGGAGGCACUGAACGAGAAUCUGCUYUAUCUAGUGACAUCACUGAGCUAUCAAAUACCRACUUACGAUUGGUUACUUUAGCGCAUGCGCUUYUGGAGGACAAGAAGAUAUUGAUUGUUGAAGAGGAAGAGAACKAUGGCGAUUGGUCAAAUAAGCGAAUUCAAAACGUCAUAAGAACUCAUUUCCAGGAUCACACGGUCAUUACGUUAGCGCACAGCCUGGAUACUAUAAUGAACAGUGAUCGUGUGUUGGUAAUGAGAAAUGGAUGUGUCACGGAAUUUGAGAGACCGCUUGAGUGCAGUAUUGAAAGUGACGAGGAGCUCAUGGACAUUAUCAACCAAGCUAUUGUARCUUGAGAAUAACACUGAAUUCCAUUUCCCAAUUGAUCGUUUUUUUGAGAUUCAAAAGAAAAAAAGACCGGCGGCCAUGUUGAAGGAAUGAACAAUAGAWACUAAUGAGAAAUCCUUUGUUAAAGUUCCGGCCAAGAUGGCCGCUGUGACGUAACCUGAAAACGAAGAAUAGACUUCUGAACCGUUUACGUCACCUACUUAUGCAUUGUGGGAUCAUUUUCUGGAGAAAACAAAAGAAAUCAUACUUUGCCCCUAAGAUAUCCUACAAUGCACUGCAUCACAUAUGACGUAAAAUCUUCAGAGUCUUUUACAGUGRCUAGUCAAUGUCUGUAAGACAAGUUUCAUACAAUUUUGAAGKGUUAGAUUUAUUGAAAAAAUCCAAUAAAUUAGUGUAAAUUAAUGUAAUAUUACUAUACAACUUGAAAAUUGCAUUUUAAAACGGAUAUUAUGCAGUUAUAGGUCAAAAUGGCAUCCCAUUGUAACAUGAAAGUUUGAACAAUUAUAGUAGAACUUUCGUUUCUUCUUAGUAAA